CUCAUUUGUAAACGACUCGCAGAUUCGAAUCUCUUCCCACACUGAGGCACCUCGUGUUCGGCGUGAUAGCAGCAGCUUCCUGCUUCUUCCUUGUAAUACAUUAAAAGGUUCAUUAUGGCAGGAUGCAUCAAUCAAGCAAACGUGAAGUUCUCAAACCUGUUUCGUCAAGGAAGCGGUGUGUACAGAGACCUGGCCCAGGAUCAGGAUCCAGAUCAGAUUGGCGAUAGUCAUGAGAUCUCAGUGGAGCUGAAGUCCUCGGCUGAGGGAGAAGAGGAAGUGGUCAGAUCUUUUAGUCAGAAUCUGCAGAAAUCUCCUAAAAGGAAAUGGAGCAACUUGGCAAAGAUUACUGUCCUCGUUAUCUUUGUCUUUAUCGCUGGGUACCUUGUCGGUUAUGUGACGGUGCCUAAGCCACGCAUCAGCAUGAACACUGCGACAGCUGUGACAACUGUGGACACUGUGGACACUGAGCCCUCUGAAGACAUCUACUACAAACCCGCUCAGCCCUUUGCGGACUGGAGCUCCGUCGUAGAGGCACUGGGAGAGAACCUCAAACCUGCAGCCAUGGACAAAACCUUGCAAGAGAUUUCAUCUCAGGACCUUCAGGCCGGCAGCGAUGGAGAACACGCCCUGGCCCAGAAGGUGUUGGAGAAGUUCAAGGCUUUCGGGAUGGACCACUGGAAGGACGUGCACUACGUGAAGCUGCAGGUGCCGUCGGGGGAGAACAAAGUGCUGAUGGGGUCUGACGUGGUCGGAAGUCCAAAGGGGUAUUUAGCCUACAGUGCAACGGGAACCAAACAGGGAAAGGUGGUGUACGCUAACUACGGCCGAAGAGAAGAUCUGGAGAACUUCAAGAACCAGGGAAUAAACCUGGAAGAGAAGAUCGCACUGAUGAGAGCUGGAAAGAUCAGCCUGGCUGAGAAGGUGGAGAAUGCGGCCCAGGUCGGUUUAGCCGCGGUUCUGAUUUAUCAGGACACAAGUAACGAGAGAGAACUGAACACCGAGCUCUACGGCCAGGUUCAUCUCGGAACAGGAGAUCCUUACACUCCAGGGUUUCCUUCCUUCAACCACACCCAGUUCCCUCCUUCUGAAUCCUCAGGUCUUCCUAAGAUCCUGGCGCAGUCCAUCACCGCCGAAACAGCUCGCAAAAUCCAUCUGAACAUGAAAGGAAAGGAUGCGCCCUCAGAUUUCUCUGGAACGCUGCCAGGCGUCAGUAAAUACACACUGGGAGGAGAGACAAACGUCACCGUGACGGUUAAUAACGUCCUCGUCGACACCGAGAUCCAUAACGCCUUCGGCAUCAUUAAGGGCUUCAUCGAUCCAGAUCGCUACGUGGUGCUCGGCGCUCAGAGAGACGCGUUUGGCGGCGGAUUCGCCAAGUCCACCGUCGGCACGUCGCUGCUGGUGGAGCUCGCUAGGGCCGUCACUGACAUGCUGAAAGCUGGCUUUAAGCCGAGGAGGAGCAUCGUGUUUGCCAGCUGGAGUGCCGGAGAUUUCGGCAGCGUCGGUGCUACAGAGUGGCUUGAGGGUUAUCUCUCCUCACUGAACCUCAGAGCCUUCACCUACAUCAGCCUGGACGCCACUGUGUCUGGUGUAAAGCAGUUCAAAGCCUCCUCCAGUCCACUGUUAUACAAACUUCUGAAGAACACGAUGAAAGAGGUGAAGAGUCCUCGGAACAUGCUCCUCACCCUCUCUCAGGAUUUUGCUUCUUCAGACUGGACCAAAUCAGUUCUGGAGCCCAUGAGGGUGGAGGACGGAGCUUAUCCUUUCCUGGCCUCCUCUGGAAUCCCCUCCAUCUCCUUCCGCUUCGUCUCGGACAGCGAGACUUCAGACUAUAAGUAUUUUGGAACAUUUCUGGACACCAGAGAAAGUCUGAACCAGGCCACCGAGGGGAAGCUUCUGAACGUCUGUGUGACUGCCGCUCAGAUAGCAGGACGGAUGGCGCUGCGGCUCGUCCACGAUCACAUCCUCAAUCUGGACGUUAGCGAGUACAACAAGGUCAUCAUGAGCAACGUCCUGAAGAUCACCAAAGAGAUCAGAAAGGUUGAAGCACUCGGUGUGAAUUCGUCCUCAGUCCUGAAAGACAAGUGGCUGUAUUCUGCGGUCGGCUCGUUCUCUCGCGCCGUUUCUGCCCUGAACAGUGAUAAUAUCAACAGUGAUCUGGAUGACGCCGUGACGUGUCGCAACAUCAACGACCGCAUCAUGAGGGUGGAGCACAACCUCUUGUCACCGUACGUCUCCCCGAGGGACGUCCCGUUCCGUCACAUCAUCUUCGGCUCCGGUGAUUACAGCGUCAGCAGUCUGCUCACACAUCUCAGUGCCCUCAAACAGCAGGCCGUAGGUUCUGAUGCCGAUUUGUUCCGGAACCAGUUUGCACUGAUCACCUGGACCAUCCAGAGCUGCGCUAACGACCUAAAGGGAAAUAUCCAGGGUCUGGACAACUGAUGAGCAGCAUCUCUGCGCCAGGCUCGGCUCCGUCCGAGGGAGUGUUAUAACCCACACAUCUCAGUAACACACACCUAUUACAUAAAAUAAAUAAACACACACACCUAGGUCAUUGCUACAGGCUGAGCUAAUAAUCUAAAGCUAACGUUAAGGUUUUCAUGGAGGUUUAGUCGAUAAUCAUUAAGUGCUGGGCGACUAAUAGCGUAGCGACAUUACGAUAAAUAUCCCAACAAAUUCCUCCAUACUGCAUAAAUUUAUCAUCCGCUGCUUUAAAAAAAACACUGAAACACGAGAAGCAUGAACCUCAUUUAUUAAUCAGACUUGAAGUCAGUGGGGUUUUUGUUUUGUUUUGUUUAUUGUUUUGAACAUUUUUUUUUCUGAAUAAAUCGUAUAUGGCAGUAUAUCUGUAGUCGUAUCGCCCAGCCACCAGGUCAAUUAUUUAUUUAUGUUAUUUCUGAAUCCUGCUGUUUUUAAUUAACACGCUGGUUAUUUCGGAUAAUCAGCAGGACAUCAGGUGAAUAUAACCUGCUGAAGCACACACAACACGUGCACUCGUUUCUCAGGUUCUGACUCGGUUAGUUGUGUCCCAAUCGGAAGCUGAUCGGACCUUUGAUUCUGAUUCAUUCACUUGCACUUAAUCGAGUUUCCAAACGAAAUCCCUGGCAGGGGGAAAAAAGGCUGCUUUUGGAUCAUCUGGUUAUUUUUUUUUACCUGUUUAGCAUGAAAUGUGUUUGUCUGUUAUUAUUUAUUUAUCAGUGACAGUGUUCACUAUAAAUGUGAUUUUGUACUUUUUUUUACAUUAUCGGAAGCAGUGUCUUCCAUAAUUGUGACGGUUAUACUGUCAGUUUAUUAAAGCAGCAUCUGCUCUGAGGAAUACACGUUAUCCAACAAGCCGUCACCAGAAAUCAGCACACGCUCGCUCAGCUUUUCAGACCUGUAGGGUCUCGUCCCUGCUUCACAAACCUACUGUAAAUAAAAUUCCAGUUUAAACACAAAAAUUCACACCACUUUGUGAUGCACUUUGUCAAGACAAAUGUGUUAGAAACAAUUUGUGAUUUAGUGGAAAUUGUGAGGCGUGUGUUUAUCUAAAACGACCACUUUGAUCUUUUAUGGUUUCACACAAUUCUCUUAUUAAAAUAUUAACAGUGAUCGAAACAACUCGCUCUGAAAUAGUGUGUUUCGAACCCACACCAUUGUUCCAAAGCGUCCUAUAAAGGUGUUGAUCGAUUUUGUACACCUGCAGCUCUGACGGGUCUAAUCUAGUUUAGUCUGAUCCUAAUGUUACUAACGUGUUCACGUUAAAAUAUAAAUUCCAUAGUCAGCCGCCGGCUCUGAGAUCUCACUCAACAUCACGACGCCUCCAGCACACCGGAAUUAAACUGUAAUGGUGGUGAUCACGCCGUAGUGAGAGCGACAUCAUCACCGUGUCGAUCGGCGUCCGACCGUCAGAGCCGACUGUGGGGAUUUCUGUGACGAAGCUUGGUGUUAUUUCUCGUUCUGAAACAUUAUCGGGAGCAGUGUCUUCCAUAAUGCACCGUGUGAAGGUAGUUUUUGUCUACCAGUGUGUAUUUAUCGAGGGCAGUGUUCCUCAUAUUUCACUGUAAGGUGGAGUCAAUUAUCGGGAACAGUGUUUCCCAUAGUUUUGUACAAGUUUAUGUUAACAUGUUUUCCCUUCCGUUAUAUUGUGUGUGUGUGUGUGUGUGUGUGUGUGUGUGUGUGUGUGUGUGUGUGUGUGUGUGUGUGUGUGUGUGUGUGUGUGUGUGUGAGAAGAAAUAUCAGUCUUUCUCCUGUGGUACUUUUCAGUUGGUCAUUUUGAAAUUCAUUUUAAAUUCAAUAACACACCUUUUUUGAUUGGAUGAAUCCAAGAAGAAUCCAAAAACCAGUUCAAAUCUUUGCAGUUUUAUUGUUUCGGCCACAACUGACCACCAGGAGAAACGUCUACACAGAUAUGUGUGUGUAGUGGUUGUGCUUUUUUUUUCUUCUUCUUCAGCUUUAACUUUCAGAAGUUUUUUAAGUCCCUUAAGUGUGCUUUCAUGCCUGUUCCUCCGUGUGUCGAGUCUGAAUCGGAGUGAAUCUGAUUCUUUUGAUUCCUUUGCCAUUAGUUUUGAUUCGGUUUCAUUCUGCACGUCGUUAAAUAAAAUAAAAAAAUCAU